CGCCGCUGCACUCUUUGUAGGCGGCGGCCAGCGGAGGUUUCCCGCAGCCGGCCCCCAUUCCGCCGGCGAGUCCCUGUUUAUCCCGGAGGACGCGCCCGGCCGCCCGAGCUGAAGCGAGCGCGAAGUCCGAAGUCACCCCCCAGCGUCGCCAACUUCCCCGGGAGCCCCUCUCCCCGCCGCAGCCUGCGCCAGCCCUGGGAGCGAUGCGCCCCCAGCCGGGCGGCGCGCCCUCUGCCAACUCGCCACUCAUGGGAUCCACCGCCCUCGGCUGCCCCGCUUGGAGCGCGUAGCCUUCGCCGCGUGGCCCGAGAGAGGAGCGAGACACCAAGGCGUUUCGUGGAUUCCGCGCGCGCGCGCGCGCGGGUCUGCUAGGGUCUCCUGCGGGGCAGCGUCCAUAUCCAGGGACCUGGAAGAAACCUCCAUCCUCAAAGACUUGGAAAAGGCUGUCCUGGAGCCUGCGUGGAGGUUACAAAAACCAUCCCUCUGGUGGUGGCCUGAGCAGAUUAUUUCAACCCCAAUGUUGCCCUGAACGUUGCAUUCAAGAUUUGAGAAGAUUAGGACUGCUAAGGUUUUGCAGCAGAUUGUUAGAGGCCAGCCUGAAACAAAACUCUAGUUCCCUUCCCUGGGAAUGAAGAGGGGCUCCCUACACAGUGAUGCCUUCUAUUCUGGUGCCUCUUUCCCUCCACCCUCUCAAUCCCCCAUGAAGAUGGCUCCAGAGAUAGUAUCCGAGAUGCCUCAGGAACAGUACACCCAUCACCGGGGCACCAUGCCCAGCUCCGAGGGGCCGCAGGUAUACAAAGUGGGGAUUUAUGGCUGGAGGAAAAGAUGCCUGUAUUUCUUUGUCCUACUCCUGAUGAUUUUAAUACUGGUGAACUUGGCCAUGACCAUCUGGAUUCUCAAAGUCAUGAACUUCACAAUUGAUGGAAUGGGAAACUUGAGAAUCACAGAAAAAGGUCUAAAGCUAGAAGGAGACUCAGAAUUCUUGCAACCUCUCUACGCCAAAGAAAUCCAGUCCCGACCAGGUAACGCCCUAUACUUCAAAUCUGCCAGAAAUGUUACAGUGAACAUCCUCAAUGAACAGACUAAAGUACUAACACAGCUGAUAACAGGGCCAAAAGCCAUAGAAGCUUAUGGCAAAAAGUUUGAGGUAAAGACGGUUUCUGGAAAAUUGCUCUUCUCUGCAGAUAACAAUGAAGUGGUAGUAGGAGCCGAGAGAUUACGAGUUUUAGGAGCAGAGGGCACAGUGUUCCCUAAAUCUAUAGAGACACCUAAUGUCAGGGCAGAUCCCUUCAAGGAACUAAGGUUGGAGUCCCCGACCCGGUCUCUGGUGAUGGAGGCCCCUAAAGGAGUAGAAAUAAAUGCAGAAGCUGGCAACAUGGAAGCCACCUGCAGAACAGAGCUGAGACUGGAGUCCAAAGAUGGAGAGAUUAAGUUAGAUGCUGCGAAAAUCAAACUACCUAGACUGCCUCACGGAUCCUAUACGCCCACAGGAACGAGGCAGAAGGUGUUCGAGAUCUGCGUCUGCGCCAACGGGAGGUUAUUCCUGUCCCAGGCAGGAACCGGUUCCACCUGUCAGAUAAACACAAGUGUCUGCCUGUGAGAGACCAUCUGUAGUGGACUCUGCCGGCAGCAUCCAGGCCUUUUUUGGCUUUAGACCCUGGCUGCCAGCUAUUUUUACUAGAACACGGAAAGCCUAUCAAAGACCUUGUGUGUAUGUGUGUGCGCGUGUGCGUGCGUGUGUGUAUGCGUGAGUGUGUUUGCGUGUAUGGGUGGAUAUAAAUAUAUAUAAAUAUAUAUAAAUAAAUAUAUAUAUCCUCUGUA